GAAUCACUCCACUAGUGGAUACCGUAUGCCACGUGUGUAUUUUUUAUUAACCCAGGAGACAGGCUUCUACAAUUAUCUGGAAACUGGAAAGUACUGAAUCACUCCCACCCUCCUGAAAUUUCAAAUUAGGGUUUCUAAUUCGUCGCCCUUUCUCUCUAAUUCCCUUCUCUGCUUUGCUCUAAUCCUUCAAUCUCUGCGCUUUUCACAAAAUUCCUUUGCCACAAUGAAGAAUCGGAAACUCAAAGAUAAGGAAAACGGAGAGAAAAUCAACGGUUCAGAAUCGAUCAAAAUGAAGAAGAACAAGAAGAGGUUGGGUGGGCGUGGUCUUUCUCUCGAGGCCUUCGCCAAUGCCAAAUCAAAGAGGGAUUUCUACAACCCAGCUCUGAUAAAGAAGAAAAAGGAGUUCUAUAAGAAUGCAAAAAAUGUGAAGAAGUACAAGAAGUUGCUGAAGCAACAAAGUCAGCAGCAUGAUAUUUCCUUAGCUAUAAGCCCCCUUGAGGAAGAGAAUGAAACUGAAGAUGGAAGCACGAUGAGUAUGAAGAACAAGAACAACAAGAAUCACGGUAUACCCAGUUUGAAAGAACUGUAUAAGCAGAAGCAUGAAAAGAAAGAGAGGACAAGGAUUGAGAUGGUGGCUCUUAAUGAGGCAAAGAUGGAAGAGAGAGAAAAAGCAGAAGCUCGGAGGAAGUCUGCGAAAGAGAAGAUGUUCAAGAAGACGCAGGCAGGCCAGCCUGUUAUGAAGUACAGAAUUGAGCAUCUAUUGGAGACUAUUGAAAAGUCGACCAGAAAUUAAGUUGAAAAGAUCUCCUCACGCAUUACUGAGCAUCUUUUGGGGGGGACUUGGUUGUAGUCUUCGUAUAUCAUUUUUUGCUGCUUGAAAUGUGAUAGAUGAAUAGUGUUUUGUUCUUCUUUGCCCUAAUGUAAGAAUUCAAGAACAGAAUUUUUUAUUUCAUAGAGAAGAGAAGUGAAGUUAUUAAUCUGCA